GCGUAGAUUUAGGGGGGGACGCUAGGGACGUGCUGAAAUAUGAAAAUGUCCUGUAGCCGAUAGGGGCGCAAUUGUAGUAUACGCUCUGAUGGGUCGUAUUUCAGGGAUUUGGACAAACGACCUAUACGCGUAUUGGUUGCCACUGCCAAACUGUCCCUAGCAAUAAUUUUGAUCAAAUAAUUGAAUAUAUGUAUUUGUUUUUGUCAUUUCCGACGCAUCUGAAACGUCAUAUUGAUAUUACCUAACAAGUUAAAGUAAAUACGUUAUAAAUCUGAGCGCUCUCAAGGACGCGCAUUUAAUACACGCGCGGAAUAGUCACACACCGGGCGAGAAGCACAGCGCUCACAGAUUUCUUCAAAGAUGCCCUACCCAUUAACUCUGCAUAGAAUUGGUGGUGAUGGAGGUUCUUCCUUUUCAUUUACUGGUGAGAAUAACGGUGCCAGUUUAGAGAAGAUUGGCGUGUGGGUGGGUGGAUGGCAGGUGAAGGCUGUCAAGGUUUGGCUUUCAGAUGGCAGAAGUAAAACCUUUGGCGAUCCAGAUGGACCAUAUCAAGAGUACGCGUUCAAACUUAAUGAGUGUUUCACCUCACUGUCCCUCUGGGGGAACGGAGAAGGAUCACGUCUUGGAGCCAUCAAAUUCAAGACCAACCUGGAUGGAAAUUUUUUUGCAAAGAUGACGAGCUGGAGCUUAAAAAGAGAAUAUCCCAUUGAUGUUGGCUCUGGGUUUUGUCUGGGAGUUGAAGGAAGAUCUGGUUUAGAUAUUGACUGCAUGGGAUUUAUGUUUCUCAGUGCCGUUCAAUCAACCGUUCUCACAAAUGUCAACUAUCCCACAAUAAAAGAACUGAUACCACAAGUGACCGUAGAAGAGAUCAAAGCCGUCACUUUCACAAACGACACCUCUGACAAACAACAGCAAAGUGUUGAAACUUCAAAGAAAGUGACCAGAAAGUCUUCAUGGUCAGUGUGUAACCGCUUUACCGCAACAUUUAGUAUGGAAGUGAAGGCAGGGAUUCCUGGGGUUAUAGAAGCUUCUACAGGAUUCAGUUUCAGCGUUGGACAAGAAGGCACUUACGGUCAUGAGCAGACGGAUGAGACCACCGAAACCCUGUCGACCACUCUUGAUGUGCCACCUAAAAAGGUGGUGACUGUUGAAAUCACCAUCGGCAGAGCCACGUUUGACCUGCCUUACACUGGCACAGUGAAGAUCACUUGCAAGAACGGCCGUGUGUUGCAGUACGAAACCAAGGGCCAAUACAAAGGCAUCACUUACACUGAUAUCAAAGUGAAUACUGAAGAAUUUGAUCUGUAAUGUUAAGAUGCAUUCUUCUUGGCUGGGCUUUUUUUUCUUUUUUUCUUCAGCAGUGUAUCAGUUUUUCUUUUAUUUGAUUUGUUUGAGCUUUUCUUUCUUUGUUCCAUUUCAAAUGUCUAUUUGCUCCGUUAUUUUUGACAGGUGAAAUAUAUACUCAGCACUAUCUUUUUCAAAUAAUCUUUUCUAAUUCUAUUAUAAAAUGUUCAUAUCACUUCAUACUUUCUGUAAUCACUUUAUAAAUCACAAUCUCUAGUACCGUAUUUGAUGUAUAGUACAUCAUAUAAGAAUUUUAAUGUGUUCAAUCUAACAUUUAAUUAAAG